ACCUUGCCGUGGUGGGGGGGCUUAAGGAAAGCUUGAACAAAUUGUCAUUAACUUCUUGACCAAACCCUAUCUCGUUAAGGUAGAAGGCACAAAUACUUUACAAAGUCACCAACACCUAGACACACCUUUCCGACCAACGGUCCCAACAACCCAUUCAAUAUGGAGACACGCUCGAUGAAAAAACGUAAAAUUGGACCGCUUCCCGGGGGCGAUCGCCGGGGCACACCUGGAGCUGGCGCUGGGUGUCUCAGCAUGCGAACCGUCAGCGGUGAGGAGCUGAACAGGCGGGCUCCCACCGGAUCAUCCGAAAAUACUACAGCCGAAAAUGACAGACUGACUGACAGGACUACUCCAACGGAACCUUAUAGUCCAUGUACCAUCUCAUAUACACCAUCCAUUCCCUCCUCACCCCUUUCAAGCAGAUAUUCACCCACACCGACCUUGGAUGCUGCGCGGGAGGCAAAUGCCUUUUUACUCGCGUCCACCAAAGCCGGUAAACCGAGAGUGCGCAUGAAAUGGAGUAAAGAAAUGAACCUAUUCAUUAUGCGCACCUAUUACUACAUCACGAAAUUAGAGACCGACCUAACCACCUACAGAAAACAGUUGCAUGAACUCUUCUUACAAAAAUAUCCGGACUUAAACGUUACAGAACAAAGAAUUGCGGAUCAAAGAAGAGUAAUAGUAAAAAACAAACUCUUAAAUCAGGAAACUUUAAAUCAAAUUAAAGAAGAAAUAAAGUCACAACUAGAAAUAGAAAAUGAAAAUCAAUUCCAUAUUAACAUUAGUGAACCAACAAACGAUGUAAUUCCAUGUUCUUCCACUCAAACAAUACCAAACACACAGCACAAUCAAUCAUUAAAUACAUUCACAUAUAAUACUCAAUCAUUACAAACAUUCUCAUAUAUCACUCAGACAUCACAUAAUAUGCCUACACAGACUGAAUUUGUUACUAUAAUGAUGGAAAACGACAUUGAUACGGUAUUAGACCAUAACCCAGGUACGAACACUGAAAUAGAAGAAAUUUGUUAUAAAUUCAAAACAGCACUAACACAAUAUUCAGGAAUGGACCCACUAGUCCGUCCAAAAUUGCCUAAACUUAGAUACAAUUCUCACCUAUUUCAACUAGUCAAUAUGUUUAAUAGCGAUAUCCUGUCCCGAUUUAUUUCCGACGACACAAAACUAACUGACAUACAUACGAUAGUGUAUUGCGUAGCCUUAGUUAUCUCUGAAGAACUUAACUAUAAGGUCACAGAAUAUAUUAGAAGCACAAGGCCCAAAGACUGUUAUAAACCACCAUGGCAAAUAAGGUUAGAAAAGGAUAUAGAAAAACUCAGAGCAGACUGUGGGCGACUCACCCAGUACAUCAAUAACAAUAGAUCCCGUAAAAUCAUUAAGCAUGUUAAAGCAAUAUUUAAAACAGGAAACACACACACUAAACAUGAAAAUAGCAACAUUAAACCGGAAGAAUUCUUAGACACUUUAAAACAAAAAUUAGCACUCAAAGUUCAUAGACUUAAAAGAUACAAAAAGGCACAGGAAAGGAAAAAUGAUAACACAAUGUUUAGCACUAACGAAAAGAAUUUCUACAGAAACUUACACAAACUAAAAACAGAUACAGUAAACAAUCCUAAUGUGCCCACACAAGAACAACUGGAAACGUUUUGGUCAGGCAUCUGGGAACAACAAGUACAUCACAAUGAUAAAGCUGAUUGGAUUAUAGAAGAAGAAAAUAAAUGGAAUGCAAUUGAAGAAAUGGAUUUCACAGAAAUAACUGAGACAGACAAAAAUAACAUUACAGCCAGAUUGCAUAACUGGAAAUCACCAGGGAUAGACAAAAUUCAUAACUUUUGGUAUAAAAAAUUAUUUUCUUUACAUAAAAUCAUGGCCAAAAAUAUUACAGAUAUUAUUGGUAAACAGAAAAUUCCAGAUUUCAUUGCUACUGGAAUAACCUAUAUGCUUCCAAAAUUACAGAUAUCUCCACUCCCUUCACAAUAUAGACCAAUCACAUGCCUACCAACUAUAUAUAAAAUAUUAACAUUAGCCAUAACAACAAAAAUCAAUAAACAUGUUGAACAUUAUAAUAUAAUAGCGGAAGAACAAAAAGGAUGCAGGCGAGGCCACAUGGGAUGUAAGGAACAGUUAAUAAUUGAUUCUACUAUUCACAAACAUGCAACUUCAAAAAAUAGAAACCUACAUUGCACAUAUAUAGACUAUAAGAAAGCUUUCGAUAGUAUCCCACAUUCUUGGUUGAUUAAAAUAUUACAAAUAUAUAAAAUAAACCCAAAAAUAAUAAACUUUUUACACGAUAUUAUGUCUAGAUGGAAAACCACACUUUAUUUGAAUACAAAUCAAAACACCAUCACAACUAGAGAAAUAGCCAUUAGAAAGGGUAUCUAUCAAGGCGAUUCCUUGAGUCCUCUGUGGUUUUGCCUCGCCUUAAACCCCCUGUCACAUUUGCUGCGUGAUUGUCGUGCAGGAUAUCGCCUCAAACACGAUAUACAAGAAACAAUAGUCUCUCAUCUCAUAUAUAUGGAUGAUAUUAAGUUAUAUGGAAAAACAGAAAUGGAAAUGAAAAAAUUAAUAGAUACUACAGCACAAUUUAGCAAAGAUAUUAAUAUGGAAUUUGGUUUGGAUAAAUGUCUUCACUUCACAUAA